AUGAUGCAGGAAAAGGCCACAGAAGCAACGGACUGGACCCUGACAAACGGCCAUGGCUACAUUUUGAACCGUGACCGAAGCCAUUCAGCCGCCGCCCGUUUGAAUCUCCAGUUCUACCUAUGGCGGUCUGCUCUCAACUUCAAUAUCCAUCCCUCCAUCAAGUCCUCGCUCCCCAACACCGCCGCCAUCGCCGACGUGGCCUCGGGGAGCGCCAUCUGGCUCAUUGACGUCGCCCGGGAGCUGCCGGAGGCGCGGCUGGACGGCUUCGACUAUGACCUCCGCCAGUCUCCCCACCCGCAAUGGCUGCCGCCCAACGUCCGCGUGCGGCACCUCAACAUACUCCACGACAUCCCGGACGACCUGGUCGGCAGGUACGACUACGUUCACACACGGCUUCUGCUGCUCGUCGUCGAGUCACAGGACCCGCGGCCCGUCAUCAGGAACCUCGCCAAGCUGCUGAAGCCCGGCGGCCGCCUGCAGUGGGACGAGCUCGACACCGUCAACGUCUCCGUCAAGAAGGUCGACCCGGCCAUGCCAACGCCGGGUCUCGACCAGCUGCGCGACUGGACUCGGGCUGGCGGACGGCAUGACUGGACCGUCCAGCUGGCCGACUUCGUCGCCGAAGAGGGCUUUGUUGACGCGAAGACGGACUUCGUUGGUGACGGGCCUGAGCUGGCCCGCGCCUUCAACGACCAGCACCUGCUCACCGCCGAGGAGUUCGCCGAGGGGCUCGCAAAGCUCGGCAAUGCCGAGUCGGCGGCCAAGUACUUCCGCAUCGUCGAGGAUGCCCACGGCGAGGCCGUGAGCGGCGCCGCUCUCUGCGUCCCGAGGGUCGUGUGUACGGCGAGGAAGCCGUUGUGA